AUGGUUGACCUUCUUUCUCUUUGUACCAGUCAGAUAUCAGUCAUGGCUUCCGGGGACUUGCAGACCGAACCACCAAACCCUGAAGGCUCUGGGCCACCACCGGAGCCUCGUCCCAUCAAAAAGAAGAAGAAGGUAAAAGAGGAGAUGAAACCGUCUGGAGAUGAAGGCAAGAGGAGAGAUGAGGACUCUUCCAUCUCUCAAGCCGAGAUAGAAGAUUUAACCAAGGCAGGACACAAGGCCUUGACGUCUGGAGACCUCCAGGUGGCCAUGUCCUGUUUCAAGAGGGCUUUCCUACUGUCACUUAGCUCGAAGCAGAAGGCCGUCCAAAGAGCCUGUGCUUUCAAUCUGGGGGCUGUAUACGUAGAGACUGGGAAACCAGAGAAGGGGCUUGAGUUCCUCCUGAAGUCCCAACCAAGAGAAGGAGAAGAACCUAGUGGAGACCUUUACUUCAACCUUGGCACGGCCUACGAAUCCUUACAAGAUUUUCCCAAAGCAAUUGAACAUUUUCGGAAAGCUGUUCUCCUCUACAAACCCUCACAGCUCGGGAACGAGGCGGACGCCCACAUGAAGAUGGGGUGCUGCUAUGUGAGCAUGAAGGACAAAGCAAGAGCAGCUCAAUGCUUCCAGGAAGCUGCCGAUUCCUACAUGGAGGCUCAGAGGCUGGAUAUGGCAGCCGUGGCUCUCAACGAUGCCGCCAACUACAUGCUGCAAAGUCAACUCUAUGACUCGGGACACGUCCUCCAGAUACUUAAUGAGGCCCGUAUGGUGUGCGAGCACGUUACCAGAAGAGACCUACUGGCUAAGCUAUAUAAUGACAUUGGCCUGAGCUAUGCCCAGCUGAAGGUUUUCGCCCUGGCCGUAGACUGUUUCCAGAUGGCGCUGCCGCUCUGUCAAGAGGAUGAAGCAGACAGACACAAGGAGGCGGUGGUCCUCCAGAACCUGGGGGCUGCAUACAACACGCUGGAGCAGUAUGAGGAGGGUCUGGAGUAUCACAGGAAGGCGGCAUCGUUACACAGUUUGCUCAGUAACCGCAGGGCGCAGGGCCAGUGUUUUGGAAACUUGGCCUAUGCAAUGAGUCAGCUAGAUGACCACGAGGCCGCAGGAGAAUACUAUCUGCAUUCACUGCAAGCGUUUAAAGAUUCAGAUGAUGUCCAUGGUCAGUGGCAGGCGUGCGAAGGUCUCGGAGCUGCCAGAUUCCGCCUGGGGGAUCCAGGGAAGGCCGUCCUGUACUACAAGCAGGCGCUGGCCUUACUCUCCAAAGCCAAGGAGGACUCGCACAACGCUCAGGAACGUAUCGUGAACAAGCUGACAGAUGCCCUCCAGUACAAGCUGUCUGUAAACCGCCACCCCAUCCACGAGGGAGGGCCGCCCCCGGCCCCACCGCUGAGGGGCUUCGCUGGGAAGAUUCCUGGGGCAAAGCUCGCAAGAUACCCUUCAAGUGUGAACCAAGGUUAUGCCACCAUGAGGCACAUGUCUCCUCAAAAUGCCCAACAAUCUCGAAGACCGUCCAGAAGAAUGAGCCACCCACCACAACCCGAAGAGAUGUAUGCCACAAUUAAAACCAGGGUGACCACCACAUCCAACGGGCAGCCAACCGUAGAAAACAGAGUUUCAGAUGGAGCCGGGGAAGAGGAGGACGACUCCGACACCCUCACAGUGGUAACCAACGCAUACUCUGAGGACUGCGAGGAGGACGACAUCGCUGCCGCUGCUGUGUGCUCCAGAAAUCAUCCUCAGGCCAACAGCAAUCUGAAUAAUACGUACCUGCAUCCAGAACCGCUCUACCAGAACUGCAACCUGGAGAAUACCCAGAAAAGUAAUCAUGAUUAUGAAACUCUGAAGCUGAAGACAAUGGAGGCAGAGAGGGCUGAGUCCUCGGAUGGUCUUCACAUACCCAGACCAGAACAUGUGGAGAAGACGAGAAGAUCCAGGCUCCAGUCCAGGAUGUGCGCAGUCAUGUGACCCCUCCAUUACCGCCGCUGUCAAGUCACACGUUUCACUUCUGCCGCCAAAAAAACCAUCAGCACGUGAGAGGACUAGAAAUAGCUGCCACGUCCAUAUCAACCAUGGAAGAUGGGGUCCAGCGGGCAAACGGUCUGUCACCAGUCAGUAAUGGACUUCCUGCCGCUAUCUGCCCCUCGCUGUAUAGACACUUUAUAAGUUGUCUGUUUUAUAUACUCU